ACCGCUGAGUGUGUCAUGGUUCAGGAUAGAGGGUUACAGCUUGAGACAGACGGCGGCAGGACGGAGGAGCGGCAGGGCAUGGAGCCGCAGAGUUGGGUGUCUUGCAAAGAGCUACUUAAACACACGUGUAGGAUUGUUUUUGCAAUGCCGGAAGACUUAGAUGUGUUGGCUGCAGCGGUCCUCAGCAUGCCUUUGUCCAACCAAGGAUGGCCUGAGGAUUUUGGCUUCCAGCUCGGUGGGAAUGGACCCAGCUACAUCCUGUCUGUGGAGGAAGGCAGCAGCGCCCACCUGGCAGGGCUGCAGGCAGGGGACCAGGUCCUAGAAAUCGAAGGUCACAAUGUGUCGACACUGGGUCCGCAAGCUGUGGUCGCCAUCGCCCAGACUCAGAAGAACAUUCCUCCCAGCAUCGGGGUGGUGUCCCGCAUACAGCAGAUGGACAUUAUACCAGGUCCAGACGGCCGUUUUGGCUUUACAAUCGUUGGAGACUGCCCCCUGCUGGUGGAGGACUGCUCUCCUUGCUCCCCAGCCGGUCGUGCAGGCCUAAGGGCGGGGGAUUAUGUCAUGGAGGUCAGUGGAAUCCCAGUCAGACAACACGAGACAGCGGCGGCGCUGAUUAAGGCGUCCCAGGGGAGGACGCUUCGCCUGGGGGUCCUGUGCCUUAGCCAGCGGCAGAAACGGAGUAUCAGCCUGGAGGACAGUCAGAUGGAAGGGGAUGGGACCAGGAUGGACCGUAAACACAAAGCUCUAGAGUUCAACAAAAAGGUGGAGCAGAUCUUAGGCGAUGAACCUGAAAUCAAAGAGAGACUCUUCGCUGUGCUGAAGCAGUAUGCGGCGGAGAAGCGGGUGGAGUGGUUGGCCUCCGUGCUGCCAGAGAUACUCACCACCGAUGAGCAUCGACAGCUCAUCUCUAGCAUCAGAAUCUUUAUCCCCAAGAAGCACCGGCAGCGCUUCGACGAGGCCGUCUCCCAGAACGUGAUCAAUCGGCUCUGUCGCAGCAAGAGCAUCAGCGAGCCGCAGGGCAGGAUCCGGCGCAGUCGGAGCGAGGAUCACUCCGAGCGGCACCACGGGUCCAAACGGGCCAGCUCGGUGCCCAGGGAUGGGGGAGAGCCCAGAGGGAGGGACGACGUGGAGCGAGACAGGGGCAGGAAGUCGGUGUCUGGGAUGCCGCCACAUCCUCCCAUCGGACCCAAUCAGAGGAUUGUCCGUGUUUACAGGGGGAAGAAGAACUUUGGCUUCACGCUGCGAGGCCACGCUCCCGUUUGCAUCGACGCCGUCAUUCCAGACAGCCCUGCCGAGGAAUGCGGACUGAAACCAGGCGACAAAAUCCUCUUCCUCAACGGCCUGGACAUGAGGAACUGUUCCCAUGAGAAGGUGGUGUCCAUGCUGCAGGGCAGUGGGGCCAUGCCCACUCUGGUGGUGGAGGAGAGCCAGUCUGAGUACUCUUCAGAGCACACCGAUCCAGAGGAGUCCCCUCGCCGGGCCCCCGGCACCUUGCCGCGCUCAAGGUCAGUGAGGAGGUCUCAAGGACAUCCCUCCGUUCUGCCCGUUUCAAAUAAGCACAGAACUGUGUUCUUAAUCCAUCAUCCUGCCUCAUUCUCUCCCUCAGAACCAGCUCUUCUGCCCGAGAACUUUAAAAAGAAAGACACGGUGGAGAUCCUCUCCCAUAAGAAGGCCUACAACGCCUCCAUCCUCAUCGCCCACCUGAAGCUCUCCCCCGCUGAGCUGCGCCAGGUCCUGAUGAACAUGACGACCGAGCGGCUGGAGCCGGCCCACAUCAAGCAGCUGCUGCUCUACGCGCCCGACGACGACGAGGUCAAGCGCUACGAGCAGUUCGACCAGGACCCGGCCAAGCUGAGCGAGCCCGACCAGUUCAUUUUCCAGAUGCUGAUGGUGCCCGAGUACAAAACACGCCUGCGGAGCCUCCACUUUAAGACGACCCUGCAGGAGAGGACAGAGGAGAUGAAGGUGGCGUACGACUACCUCUACAAGGCUUCAGUGGAGCUGAGGAGCAGCAAGAAACUGGCUAAGAUCCUGGAGUUUGUUCUGGCGAUGGGGAACUACCUGAACAACGGGCAGCCAAAGAGCCACAGGACAACCAGCUUCAAGAUCAAUUUCCUAACGGAGCUGAGCACGACCAAGACGGUUGACGGGAAAUCCACCUUUCUCCACAUUCUGGCCAAGUCUCUGUGCCAACACUUCCCUGAGCUGCUCAACUUCUCCAGAGACCUUGUAACGGUGCCUCUGGCAGCCAAAGUGAACCAGAGAACCAUCACAGCAGAACUGAGUGACCUUCACAACACCAUCAAGGACAUCAGAGCCGCCUGUCAGAAGACCCCACCCACCUCCGAGGACCACUUUGCGUCCGUCAUGAGCAGUUUUCUGGAGAACAGCCAUCCUGCCAUCCAGUCUCUGGAGUCUCUGCAGACCCGAGUGAUGGAGGAGUUCUCCAAGGUGGCCUCCUACUUUGGAGAAGACAGCAAGUCCAUUAGCACAGAGGCCUUCUUUGGCAUCUUUGCAGAGUUUAUGACCAAGUUUGAGAGAGCUCUUACUGAAACCCAGACUCCAGAGAACCCCAGAAGCCCCAGACUGUCCUCCCCCCUGGCCUGGUAGAAGAUGCAAAAAAUGUGGAUGUCUGGCCAAACCGGGAACGCUAGUCAGCUGCGGUUCCACUCUGCUCAACACAACCAAAGUGCCAAGACCCCACACACAGAGACACUCAGCAAAGAACAUCUCAACCUGACAGUGAACAUGGAAGCAAACUGUAUGUAUGUGUAGAUAAUUAUAAUGAGUGCCCCGUGUGCAGUAGUGCUGUUAUAAUAGGUGCCAGGUGGUGCAGGAACAUUCAGGUGUCCUCAGGCCAGUGAGUGAGAGACACAUUAGUGAAAAGUCUAUAUUUUUUAUCAGAACAUAUUUGAAAAUUGUAAAGAUUAAGCAUAGAUGUAGACUGACGACAGUUAUCUGGAAGUGGAAGUGUAGUUUAGUGUUAAUGGUGGAUCAGAAGGUUUGAUAAGACCUGUGACACAGCAAUGAGCUCAUUGCCUCACCACGUCAAACAAUGUAAAACUCAAAAUAAUAUAUGUGGUUGUUCUUAUCUACAUUAAUGCGAUUUCUUUUCUCAAAUAUUUAGCUGUAAUUUUUUAUUACGGUCAUUCAAUUUCUAAAUUUAGCUAAAUUCAAUAUUCAGUUCAUGUAUUUAUUACGCGCCAAGACCUUACACAAUUUAAAUGUACACUAAGUGUUAAUAAAUAACAUUUAAUUUUAAAUUUUUAAAUAAAAUUUUAAUUAAAUCCAGGGUAAGUUAAGUAGGCAGUAUUCAAAUUGAUAUUUAAGUGGUAAAAAACAUUAAAAAUAUAUAUUACCUAAAAUACAGUUACCAAAAAGGUAUUUUUAAAAACACUAAAUUAUAUUAUGAGUGAUGUAAAGCAUGAAGUAAAAAGAAAGAAAUAUUACACAUAAAUUACCCAAAUUUAAUAGCUUAACUUAAAGUGUUACAAAAAAAAUGGAAUAAUUAGUAGAUGGAGGUCAGUGGCUCUGAAUUUUAAAGUAAUGAGUAGUGAUUGAAUUUAAAAUGUAUGUAUGUAUUGGGUUGCUAUGGAAUCCAGCAAUUAUUUUUUCCUUAGUUAGUUUUGUACAUAUUUCCUUGUACAUGACAUUGAGACUUUUUCCACAUUAUUUCCUAAAAUCAAACUAAUAUGAAAUUUGGAAGCAUAAAAAUAGGUUGACAGUGUUUUUUUUCCAGAUUCAGAUUUCCAUUGAGCACGGUAAAAUGAAACUCAUAAUAAAAACUAAAUAAUUUUCAGCAGUUGGCGCUCCUUUUUCUGUGGACAUAAAUAAAAGCCUUUAUUGUGAAGGCUAGCGGUGACGUCUUUCGUUGUGAACACAGUCUUGCUUAAUCAGGUGGGCGGCUAUUGAACAAAAGAACAUCAGACACUUCAAGGAAUGAACAGCAUACUGUAAAUGGUCACUUCCUGCUUCUCUGGUUGUCAUGGUGAUUUCACAUCUCCUCUGCAGAACACUGUACCUGUAGCUGUGUUGUAUUUCUGUUAAUGAACUAUUGUUGAGGUUGUGGCUAUCAUUAUGUUUUGUGUACUUGUGUGUCCUUCAACUCCUACUGUAGUUUAUGUUUAUUUUUUUAUUCCAGAGUAUCAACCACGAACUAGAAACUUUAUUUUUUAUUUAUGCACAGCUUUAGUGAGGCUUUUGAAGAGAACUGUACUCUCGUAAAAAAGCAAUCAUAGCUGCUACUAGUGUAGUAAUAGUGUUUCUUGUCCCUAUCGAUUGCAUGUUGCAGUUAAUAUAUUAAAAUGUGCAGCUGGUAGCAUUUACCUUUCCCAGAUAUUAUACUGUAGGUAUGAACUACAAUACAUCUAUUUUAGUCUUGUUAGAAUUAUUUAUUGGUUGUCUCCAGGUUCCCUUUUAUAACAUUUUUAUAUGUUUUCAUGGGAAAUUGCUCCUGUUUUGUGAUUGUUAGUUUCAUUUUUUUUAGUCUCAGUGCUUUCAAAUAAAGGAAUGUUUUUAAUCUAUAAUAAUAA